AUGGCGCCCGUCCGGACGAUCGCGGUGAUCAUCGCCAUGGAAGCGGAGGCCGCGCCGCUCGUGGAGCACCUGAAGCUCGUCAAGGCCAGGGAGAGCCCGCUGCCCGGGCCGAUCCCCGCGUUGGUCUUCUCCGGGGACGUGCACGGCGCGAAGGUGCACGUCGUGACGAACGGGAAAUCCGCCGCCUUCGGCGUCGACUGCGUCGGCACCGUCCCCGCGUCUCUGACCGCGUACGGCAUCUGCCUCGCGCUGAAACCGGACAUUCUCGUCAACGCCGGGACCGCGGGCGGGUUCAAAGCCAUGGGCGGCGCGAUCGGGGACGUCUACCUCGCGAGCGCGUUCAAGAAUCACGACCGGCGCAUCCCGAUUCCCGGGUUCGACACCUACGCGAUCGGCGCCGUCGACGCGUUCCCGACGCCCGCGCUGAGAGCCGCGAUGGGGUUCAAAGACGGCGUCGUGAGCACCGGGAACUCCUUGGACGCCCCGGAGGUGGACCUCGCGUCGUUAAAGGCGAACGACGCGAGCGUGAAGGAGAUGGAGGCUGCCGGGAUCGCGCACACCGCGGAGCUCUUCGGCGUGCCGUUCGUCGCGGUGAAGGCCAUCACGGACAUCGUGGACGGGGACCAGCCCACCGCGGACGAGUUCAUGGAGAACCUCGGCGCGGCCGCGAAGGCGCUCCAGGGGGCGGUGCCGAAGGUGAUCGAAUUCGUCGCGGGGAAAGAGCUAUCCGCGCUGUGA